AUGAAUAAUACACUUUAGUCUAAACCCAUUCUAAACCUAUUCCGAAGAACGCCCGCAUUUUUUCAAUUGUGCGUGAACAGUUGAUCAAGGCCAAGACGGCCUCAUAAGCCGUAUCCGAUUAAAGUUCCGGUCAUUCAGGCCAACUUUCAACGUCGCUUGUAGUGGAGUGUAAGCGCGAGCGCGAGCGCGACCAUGGGGUUGCUUGCCGCACUGCAGGUUUUGGCCGGGAGCGACAUGCUAGUUACAAAACUGCUCUGUGUCUGGGCUGGGUAUCGGAGGAGGUACAGAGUACUUCUGGCGGAUAAAGACAGAUAUAUCUGUAGACCGCUACUACAGUUUUCGUGAAUCGUAGCUUUAGGUAGGUACUACAGCAUCUUUACAAGUACAAUAUGCAAAGGCCGUAUCGCUGUUUUUUUCUGGUGUGGAUGAUGACCCUGAGUCAUACCAGCAGGCGGGCGCGCCGUUUGAAGAAUUGGCAACCAGGCUGGUUACACUAGUGCAGCUCCUCCACAGCCCACCUAGGUGCCUAGGCAGGCAGGUAGGUACGUAUACUACCUACCUAACUGAUCCAGAUUGCAGCGCGAGGCCUGCCCUUGGUUCUUAGCCUUGGCCAAUGGCCCGCCACUCGCAUUGUUACGCAAUGAGUAACCAUCUGCCCCCACAUCAUGCGACGCUGGUGAGCCACCGCCCAUUGCUGGCAGGUUGUGGCCCGCGUGUUGUGUUGAAAUGCCGGGGGGGCCUGGACAUAGGGAGCGAAGUUGCGAUGAUCCGACACUGCAAAGGUAUGUAGAGUACAGAGUAGAUAGAGAUGGGACGAGAACGCUGGGCGACGACUGUGUGUUGCAGCAUAAAUACUCGGUCCUCGGUCCUCGGCCAUUAAGUCCGUCCGUCGCGGAAUCCACUUGCAAAAGUCCGUUGUCCACACAUCCAGCCGUAAUUGUUGUGCUGAUGGUUUUGGCGCACACCAGACGCAGAAGACGACGAGGCAGCAGGAAGGAUGAGUGGCGAAUGUGUUCUUCUGCGAAUACCUGA